GGGCGGAGCCGAGUGCAAAUAUGUCGGCUGCUCUGCUGCGGCGAGGUCUGGAACUGCUGGCGGCGUCCGAGGCUCCUCGGGCCGCCCCAAGCCAGGCCAAACCGAGCGGGGCUCCUGUGAAGCGAACCCGGAAGGCGAGAGCGAGGGCGACCCAGGCGCAGAAGCUGCGGAACUCGGCCAAGGGAAAGGUGCCCAAGUCGGCACUGGCUGAGUACCAGAAGCGAGAGUGUCGUGACCAUCUCAGAGUCAACCUGAGGUUUAUGACCAGCGUGAGAAGCACCGUGGCAGAGUCUGUGACCCAGCAGAUUCUGCAUCAGAACCAGGGCCGCAAGGCCUGUGAUCGGCCUGUGGAGAAGACUAAGAAGAAGAAAGCUGAGGGCACGGUGUUCACUGAGGAAGACUUCCAGAAAUUCCAACGGGAGUACUUUGGCAGCUGAGCUCCCAGGAGGGCAAGGUGGGUGGAAGAGGCACCCAGACCCAGCCUACUUGACUUUCUUGCCUCCUCUGUCCCAUGCUGUGUGAUGUGUGGCCAGCAGAUGGCGAUACAGGACCAGUCUGGCUCAAGAAAGUCCUGGAGCUGGAGUCACAGGGACACUGAAAAGGUGGAGCUGGUGAGCUGCAAACCCUGAGCAGAUUUGACUCAGAUUGGAGAUGACUUCUGCAGGCUUGGGGGAGGAGCCAUCUGCACCUACCAAAAAGAAACAUUUCUGACUGUUCCAUUUGCCAUGAACAGGGCCAGGUCCUGAGCCUCUGGGGGCUAUACCUCCAGGAGAAGGAAGACGGUUGCUGGGAAAGGGCUUCUGAGUUCUAGUAAAUGUGGACUUGGACAGUGUGUGCUGCUGAUCUGACUUAAGGCGUCUUCUGUUUCCCAGCACGGAUCUAGAGGCCGUGUCAGAAGUUCUCCAGCAAAGGCACUGUUUACCAGAUGUGCCUUCCUCUCUGGGGCAUGGCCACUCAGCUGAGAAGGUGGCACAUGAGGCAAAAGUGGUACUUGCAGCUGCUGGGGGCUUUGUUCAAGGAAGUGAAUCACAAGAUCUGGGUAGUGUGGGAAUAGAGUUGCCUCACCCUUUCCCUGUCAGCUUGAGGUCUUCUCCACCCUAACCCCAAGGUUCAUGCUGGGUCCUUUCUGUGUCACUUGUGAUAAGGUCAUAGGUCAGGGGUCUCAAGAAAAAUCCUGAACAAGCAGACUUCACCCACAGCGGACAGUGGUGGUGAAGACACAGCUAUACCAUCAUAGAGAGCAGGCUGGGCCCUUUGCAGCAGACACAGUACCAAGGACAGGUGGUAUGAAAUGAACGGUGUAGACCUUCAGGGGAGAAAAGUGGAGUCACAGAAGCCUGGAGUCCUUCAGUGGAGACAAAAAGGCUGGGUCCAGGCCAGAGGGAGCAUGACAAAUCAGCCAACACCUCAACGGACCCUAAUAAGACAGUGGUGGAAGCCGGGUACUGGUGGUUCACACUUGUAUUCCUAACCACUAUUUGGGAGGCCAGCCUGGGCAAAUACUUCCUAAGACCCCCAUCUCCAAAGUAUUCAAAGCAAAAUGGACUGGAGGUGUUGCCUGCUUUGCAAGUGUGAAGCCCAGAAUUCAAACCCCAGUCCCACCGAAAAAAAAAAUGACAGCAGUGGGGCUGCCCAUCUGUAAGAGUGCUCACCACCACCCCAGCCCCCCGCCAGGCUUUUUUUUUUUUUUUUUCCUCCAAUGCUGGGGCUUCUAGGCAUCUGUUGCUGGGAUUAAUCAAUUUUGUGUCCUGAGUGGAGACACAGAAAGGGACCAUAGACCUGCAUAAGGCAGAGUUAGAGCUGGGGGUUCUGUUUCCACGGUACCUCUACCUGAGUGAUAGGAAGUGCCACCCACCAUCCAACCAGGAGGACAACACAGGCAGGCAGGCAGGAGGAGGGAGGGUGCUGUGACUAAAUUGUAGAGUCCAAGAUCUUCAAGACCUCAAAUGGGUUAGGGACAGGGGGCAUACUGAUCUUCAAGCCCUCCACGCUCCUAUUCCUGCCUGCUGGGCUCUACUGACUAUUGGCAUAGGGGCAAACUCAGGUAUCCUUAAAGACUCAUGCCCUCCAUCAUAAGCAGCUUAGUAAGAAGCCAGCUCAACACUUACUCAUAGAGUUUGCAGUACAGAAAAAAGCUGACCCUGGGCUCUAGAGGGCCCCUUUCUAACAAGGACACACCCCCGUCUAAAUCACAUAGACAUUCCCUGUGCCUCCUGGGGAAGGAUGUGAGCAGUGGUCCUUUGCCUUCCUUUUUUUUUUUUUUUUUUUGGUUCACUGUAGGUAGCUAGAAAGCAGCAGGGAGUCUGGAAAGCGGGCACUGGUGCAGGACAAGGUGCAUCACCAGGGGUUGGGGCUCUGGCCAUCAGUCUCAGGAUCUCCACAGCCAAAAUAAGACACAGCUUGCAACACCCAGGCAGGGCUAAGGGCUCAAGUGACAGAGCACCUGCCUUGCAAGUGUGAAAUCCUGAGUUCAAAUCUCAGUACCCCCAAAGGAAAAAAAUUCAGGCAGAGCUAAAAGGACACAGCAGGGCAGGUCUUCCCUGAUUAAGUCACCUUAGCUGAUGUGAAGGCCACCCAGAGCAUUUGUGCUUCAGGUGGUUUGGAGAGGUUGAGAUGUUUGGGAACCUGCACUUGGAGAGGCUCCUACUUUUGUAGGCUGGACCACCAGAGGUCAACACUAUCUGGUCUUGGUGACUUCGGGGGUUGGUCGGGCAGAAAAAGCCCCAUGAAACACACGCACAAAGGGCUGAAGCAAAGUGAAGAAGCCUCUCCAGAAGGGAUGACUGUGACUUAAUCACAUUCAGGCCUGCUGUCCACUCCCUCAACUUUCAGUGCCCUCUCCCUCACCACCUAGUUCCCCAGGUGGGACCAGCUGCCUCUUGGGGCAAACAUUCUACAAUGCUGGAGGUAGAUGGAAAUGGUAGGUUUUUACUUCUCAUCUUGAAAAAGUAUUCAUUCACAAAACAAGUGAAAAGCAGAGCAGGGAUUAUAAAUAGCAGUGCUAAUGAAGCUCUAGACUGGCCUUAGGCCCCCAGGGUCCCCAGUGUCAUCCAGACAACUGGUCAACUGAUGGUUUUCUUGUUGUUUUGCAGUACUGGAGUUUGAACUCGGCCUACACCCUGGGACACUCCACCAGCCCUUUUUUGUGGUGGGUCUUUUCCAGAUAGGGUAUCGAACUGGUUGCCCAGGCUGGCUUUGAACUGAGAUCCUCCUGAUGUCUGCCUCCUUAGUAGCUAGGGUUAUAGAUAUGAGCCACUGGCGCAGGACUACAACUGUUGUUUUCUUGAAGCUGUGACUAAGUAAAAAAAUCUUGAGAAACUUCCCAUUUGUACUGCUCUCAAACACACCACCCCACCCCACCUGACCAGAUGCUGCCUUAAGAAAUCCUGGAAUCACUGCUCAGGUUUUAUGGAGCAUGCCUGUGGUCCCAGCUGUGUUAAGGGGAUCAUGAGUUCCAGGCCAGCCUGGGCUACAUAGCAAGACCCUGUCUCAAAAAGUGAAAAAGGGAGAAAAAAAAAAUUCCUGCAGUCAAGACUACCUGGGUUCAUCUACCACCUGGUUGUUGGGCAAGUCAAUUAACUGAGCCUCAAUUUCCCUAUUUACAAAAUGGGGAAGAUGGUCCUUUUAUAAAAAGCAUUCAGCAUAGAAUUUGUCAUAGUGUCAAUGUAUGUAGCUGAGUUCGUACCAUUUUUCAGCCAGUAAAUCUUGUUUCAUUAGGAACAGUUCAGCUGCUUAGAUGGGUAGACGCCUCAUUAGAGACAGCUGUGGGAAGCAGGAGGAAAAGGAGGCUGGAGUACAAAGCUCAUGAGGUAAGGCAUGAAGGGUAGCUCCAAGGUCAAAACCAGAAGUGGAAGAGCCAGGAUCUAACUCUAGAAUCUUCUGAACUCUUAGCUGCACAUAGAAGCAGCAAUAGUUAGCUCCCCACUGAGUAAGCUACAGGAGGCAGCCCAUGGUCUUAUGAAUUACAGAAUCUCAACAUAAAAGACCUCAGAUCACCUGAUCAAAGUGACUGUUCACGACUGACUCAGGUGUCUACACUGGGCACUAACGCUGUUCAAGUAAAUGUGGGUCCUGUUCUGGGGGCCCUUACAGACCAUUUAUUUCCAAGGCUCAAAAGGCCUGUGUUCAAAUCCCAGUUUUUCAUUUUGACUGGGUGGGAACAUGGGUCUGGUGCCUGCUUACCAUACACACCUGACCAUCAUUGAACAGCUCUCCCAGCAGCCCAGAUGCUGUUCCAAAGAGGAAAAUCUAGUUGGCCCCAAAUAUUUGCCCUAAGCUGAAUGGAAGAACCAACCCUACCAGCAUCUCACACAAUAACCAGGUGGCCUCAGCUGUCACAAUAAUAAAAUGCUUCUGAGAAUUACCUUCCCGUUUUACAUGUCCCACAACCAGUGUCUGGGAUUACAGUUGGGUUAUAUGACCCCUAAAUCCUGACAUCUCCAGACAUCAGGCCUCCUCUCUGACCCAAGUGACCAACAGAAGCCCCAGUAUGUUAGCCAGAAGGCUGUUACUGUCCUUUGCACUGUGUAGCAAGGGGUAGUGGAGAUAAUCCCUAGCUUUGGCUUAACUGCUUCAGCAGCCAUAAAAGGGCUUAGUUUUCCUGAUAGGUUAAUCCUCUGUGCUCAAGGGCUGUGACCUUAUCUGGGUAUUUGAUGGAAUGUUGGCACAGAGCCACUUCAUUAAACAGGUGGAAUCCAGGAUGUUCCUGAGUCACCCACAGGAUCUCAGGCUAAACUCCCCACCCCCCUUUCCUGCCCUAACCAGCUCUAUCACCUCAAUGGAGCCCAAGACACCAGCUAUAUGACCUAUCCUCCACAAUAGGGUUGAGUAGUCCAAGGCUCAUCAGUG